CUACUUCCAGCGGAUCUAGUUGUUCGAUUUUGUUCGGCUUGCUUAAAUGAGUUCUAGACCUCGUGGAUAGUGAAUGAAGAACAAUUUUUAUAGACUAAUAUUAAUAAUAUAUUAUAUAUAAUAUAUUUUAUAUACUGUGAAAGAUCUGUGUAGAUCAUCAAGAAUGACUCCGGGGCUCGCUAAUAAAAGCCAUGAUAAUGAUAACGAUUUCCGAGGUUGGAACUUGGACAGUGUGCCGACAUUUUUGUACGCAGCUCAAAAUUUACAGAGCCUAUACUUGGCAAACAAUAACAUUGAGCAGAUUCCUGUCGACUUGUUCGGACAUUUUCCUCACUUAAGGUGGUUUGAUUUGAGAAAUAAUAAACUGAGAACCUUUCCAACGACUGUCAAGAACCACCGAACUCUUGAAACUCUGCUGCUGGAUGACAACCAACUUUCUGCCCUCCCAAUGGAGUUAGGUGCGGUAUCAACAUUGAAAGGUCUCCAGGUUACGAAUAAUCCUCUUGAAUAUCCACCGGAAAGAAUCGUGAGGAAAGGUGUCCAACACCUCAUACGGUUUUUGCGAGAGGAAUGGAAUAAUCGGGACGAAAAGAAAAGUUCAAAGGUCGAAAGCAUUGUGCCGGGUUGGCGGACCGACAUUUACAUUGAAAACAUGGAAUGCAACUCAGAGGAAACUCUCUUGCCUUUGCGACUCAAAAGGAAAAAGAACGUCACCAAAAAAAUUUCAUCAAGAAGAAUCAAGUCAGCUAAAACUCCAUUAUUGGCUAUUGAGCAUUACGUGAGGGUCAAAAAGUUGCUAAAAGCAAAACCGGAGACAAAGUUAAAUUUAUUUGAAUAUUGGGACCAACUGACACCCUCUCAUCUAAUGGAAAAACUAUCUUAUUCUCAUCUUGCAAAAUACGAAAGAAAGGAGGGGGAAAGUCAGAGUUCCUUCAGGCCGCUGGCGACUCCCAGUAAUAUCCAACAUGGGAACACCUUCAUAAUUCCAAACCGGGUGAAGUAUAGAAAGAAACGGAGAAUAUUGCCACGGAAGCCUUUGGGAGAUAAACUAAGAAGCAAGGAUGAUUUCGAGAGGGAUGUUCACGAUCGUCAUCUCGAGAGUUUGCGACGCCUCCAGCGGAAACUCACUCUGGAGACGCAGGAGCGAAUCUUGCAGAGGGGAAAGACCAGAGAGGCGUUGAGAAACUGGCGCUUGAAGAGCAAAAAACUGACGCGAAGAGACUCGAGAUCUCAAAUGCGGAAAAUACUGCGCCAUGACCAGGAUUUCGAUCGAAAUCAUGCCGCCGGAGGAAGGACCUCCAGUGAAGAUUUCUUGAGGAAGUUAGACUCGGUGCGUGAAAAGUUCCAAAAGCUUACUUUGGAGAGACUCCGAGGAGGAGAGAGUUCUCUUGAAGUGGAGCAGAAGUUCGCUGAACAGCGAUUGAAUAUGAUUCUCAACAUUCAGAGGGACCUUAAAGAACUCAAGCGGAAGGUGCAAUAAGUUUUUAACCAACAAUAAGUAAAUGCUUUAGGCAUAAUUGAACAAGUCUGUAAAUCCUGCCUGUCUGCAUAAUUUACCUCAUUUCAUUUUGUUUCAUGAAUGCUAGUUUUCUUGUUUAUAAUUUCUUUGGAAUUUAAAAUACACAUAAUUUAUUGAACACCA